AUUGCUGUUAUUCAAGAUUGCAAUAGUGAAAGUGGAUGUAUAGAGGCUGUGUCAUGAAGUUUAUAAUUACUUAGUUAACAUUGCUGAAACAUAUCUACAGCUGUUUGAAGUUUUCAAAGAUAAUACUCUGUUAUUCUCCAUGAUGUUUUAAAUGUGUACAUGUUUCUGAAAACAUCAAAAAAUCUGUUAUGGAUGCAGCCUGCACUGGUGUGCCAUGCAUUGCUCUCUCAUACAACAUAUUGAAGCAUAUAUCGUAACCUAAUUGGAUUAUCUAAUAGUCUGUGGGAUCAUUUGUAUGGACAUGGUCCAUAGAAAUUUGAGUUGUGAGUGAUGCAGAUCAGCAAAACGGUCAGGUAGAAUGGGAGUGAACACUGCAUUCCAGAAAGUAAGUGUGUGUUAACAACAAAUGAAGGAGAUAAGUUUUUGCUCACACUCGUGUAAUUCAGGAGGUAACUUCUGUUGGAAGAGUCAUGGCAACUGACUUCUGGGACAAUCAGUUUUCUUUGCCAAGUGGAGCAACAGUGAUUUGUGAAUAUCAUGCCUUUGUGCUAAAGGAAUAUUUGUGAGAACUGGUAAAGUCCACCACUAAAAGGGUGUUCCUCACUGAGACAGUGCCAAACACAGUGCUUUAGAAAAUGGUCUGGGAAGUGCUUCAGUACCAUCCCUCUCCUUGUAAUACAGUUAAAACUCACUUACCAGUAAUUUCCAUCUCUUUGUGCCAUUGAAGGAGUUGGUGGGGGUCAAAACAUGAUGAGCAGAUCCAACAGCGUGUCCGUCAAUACCUGCAGUGGCUUCAAGAGACUUCCUACAGCUUGGUUUAUGAAACUCGUAUAGUAAUGCACAAAAUAUGUGGAACUGAAGUGAGACAUGUACAAGUUCAGUGUCAAUGCCAUGCCUGGAAACUUCGCUGGAAAUCUUUUGUGUCUUCAGUACAUUGUUCUGAAUGUCAAGUGAUUGAAAGUACGAUCCCUUCAAGAAGAUUAAUAGUUUUAAGAACAAGAAAAGGUUGCAUGGAAUCAAAUCAGGUCAAAAAUCUGCAUGUCUGGGGUAUUUGCCAUGAUACCACAAGUCACAGCCCAAAAUAUGCCCCGAGUGAUUAUCAGACGCCGAAAAAGUGUGCUGCCUACUUCAAAAUCUAUAACAUUAUGAAACGCGGGCUUCUGAGUUUGCUUCUGCACAUGGAACUUACAAGAACUGUCACUAACAGGAACAAACCACCACCAGAAACAACAAAAGUCCUUCCAUUCAGACAUGUGGUUCCUACACUGUGGAAUAUACUUUCUGCAGAAUUUCAUAAAUCAGCUGUGCAAAACCAACCAUGAAAGAUCAUAAAUUCCCUUCACUCUUAUUAUACGUCACCUAGCACACCCAUGUCAGUCAGAUGAGCCAGUUCUCAGUGAUUCCAAAAUUGCACAAAGAACACAAAUGUCAUAACAAUACUCAGGGUUGAUCUUGUCACAUGGUGGUUCACAGUAUCCUAAUGCCAUCAGUCAUUAAUUUAAAUCCAUUUUAAACAAUUUUGGUAUAGUUUAUCACAUAUGGCAAGAAACAUUUUACAACAGCAAAAUCACAUGUUGUGGAAGGAAAAACACGUGAAGGUGUGGGGAUCCAUACCAGGUCUAGAUAUAUAUAAUUUUGACCUCUACAAACUUCCUAAUACAAAGCUACCUAAAUUGCAGGGGUGAACCCUGCAGAUGUCAUAUUGUUUUAUAAUAAAUUGUACAAAACAAAGUGAAUAAACUGAAUAAGAGCUUAAGUGCACAGGUAAACGGUACAAAUCCACUGAUAACACAAGGGUCCGUCAUUUAAAUGUGCAUACAAACUGAUAUAUUUAUACAUUCAUUCAGAGAAGGAAGGCUAAAAGACAUAUGAUGUACAAACACGUGGUGUGUGAUGCCUGUUUAGUACACAAACAAAUUUUACGGUAGUAUAUAAUACCAUCCAGGUCAA